AUGUCAGUCCGAGAUGAUGGACACUGGGGCGAUCAGCACCGUGGUAUCCCCUUCAUCGUGAAGCGGCCGGUUCUCCCCAUCGAACUCAUUCAAUGCAUCGUUGAUUGCCUUGAUGUCACCGACGGGGAACGUACAGAGGACAAGCUGAACCAUACCGCACUGUCUUCCUGCUCCCUUGUGUCCCACGUAUGGCAUGACAUCUGCUGCCCACGCAUCUUCCGCUCCAUCACCAUACGCUCCAGCACUGCCUCAUUUAUAUCUCGGUUCUCUUACCUCCACUCAACAGCUCCUCACCUGAGGAAGUAUGUGCAGGUACUUCGUCUCGUAUUCUCCGAUAAACACGCCUCGAUUGCGCCCCCAGCCUGGCUCAAGGAGUGUCUCGGCGGAUUCGAAAACCUGCGUACGUUGCAGCUUGAUCGCAAAUUGAUGUCAGUUAGCUACAGUCCCUCGGGCGAAGAUCACUGGAUGCAGUGGAUCACGGACCUACUCGCCACCGCCCCUCGGGUACUCGCCAUGGAUAACUGGGCGUUCGACUCUCCUGAUCGCCUCCUUCACAUACUUGCAGCUUCUUCUACUCUCCUAGAAGACUUAUCACUGAGACGUAUCAAUGUCUCUACCCCAAUCCAGUCACCAGAAGCCGAGCCUGUGUCCAUUGCCCCCACAGUCACCCGUCUGGAUGCCCUCCGCAAUCUCACGCUUUGCUGCUACAACUGGGUCCUUUCCUCCGUGGAUACCGAAAGAGCUGUCUAA